CUCCUCUCGCGCUCAAACAGGCGCGCCUUUGCUUCGCAACGAUCGCCCCUGCCAAUCUAUCCGCGACAUGACUCGACAGCGCAUCCUCGCGUUUCGGACUGCACAGCUUUCGGCAUGUCCUGCCGGUAUGGCUAUCCUCAGACUGCCUUGUCCUCCUCUCACGACUUUUGAACGUCGCAAGCAAAAGCUCUUUACGAUUCCCCGGCAGAAUGCUCAAGUCGAGCCUCGUCGUGUUGGCCCUCAGUGCAGUCGCUUUCGCCAGCCCGGCAGUCAAGCUCUGUCAUUCGACCACGACGGCGUGCACGCUCGAUGAGCAGCGCGUCAGUGAGCGUGGUGUGUUGCUUGCACCCACCGAUGCUCAGGCCAUCGCCAACUGUCCCGAGAGCUCGCUCGUGCUGGGAAUGGUCAAACUUCCGAAAUGGGUCGCCAGUGUCGUGCCCCAUCUUGGCUUGCCCACCGAGCCCCAUGCCUACGACUAUGAGCUUGAUGGUCACUUCUGGACUGCCAUCGAUGUUCACUCCCGUGCCAUCCAGAGCGUGCUGCCUUUGCCCAACAACAUGGUCGAUGGCGUCAAAGCUCUCAAUCUGACGCUCUUCGGCCUUCCCUCUGACAAGCGCAAACCGGUCAUCGUCGCGAUCGGCCUCGACUUUAGAGCUUGCGAAGCUGCAUGAUUAGACAAUGUAACAUGCAGAUCUUACAACAUGAGGA